AUGGAUCCCCGCAGUGAGGACCGCGGAAAUGGACCAUCUAAUACCGCUGCGCAGCCGCCGCCUCUCCGGCGGCGACUAUCUAUGGAGGAGGAUUAUUUCUAUCAGGAAGUCAUGACUUCCCCUUUCCGUCGACCAUCACAACCGCCUCCCUAUGAGCGGGAGCCCAGACCCAGACGUCCGCUUGCCGGCAGCGCCAUCGCCAAGGAUGGAGCGGAAGAAAAGCUGCCAGAGUACUCGUGCGACAUUGAGUUGGAGGGCGUAUGGAUGAAGAAGAUGGAGAUCGAAAAUACUACCAAGAGGGCGGAGGACAGGAAUUGGCACACCACCUUCGUGCAACUACGCGGCACGGCCCUGAAUUUCUACAACGUGAAGAAGGACUGGGGAUGGGGCAGGACGAGGGAUGGACCGACGAUCUCACCAGACAACCCACCGUGGGUCAAGAGAGCUUCCCUCGACAAAGCGUACAGUCUCCAGCAUGCAGAUGUCGGUAUUGCGGCCGAUUACAAGAAACGAAGAUAUACCAUCCGUGUCAGAGCAGAGACAGACCAGUUCCUACUCUCAUGCAUAGAGUUGAGCACCUUUGUCAAAUGGUUGGAAGCCUUGUUCGCUGCCAUCGACGUCGCCGCGCCCAUCGACGAACGCGAUUAUCCCCGCGAUCAAAGCAUCCCCCGCAUCCAACGCAUCCGUUGGUUCCGUGGCGAAACACCCGCCCAAACGAAUAACUAUCCCGUACCCACACCACGGCCUCUCAGUCCCAGUCUGCGUCGAGUCACUUCUACCGAGCCUGAUCCCUUCCCAGCGUCAACAACUGACCCCGUCCUCGAUGCCGUUGUGGGGCAUGACGACAAUCUGCAUACAGCAGAUGCGGAAUCAAUCAUUGGACCGUCUCCCGCCAGGAACGAGCCGAUCAGUAGUCGGUUGUCGACGACCUCGUACCCAAAUGUGGCCAUUGAUCCAGACACCGGCAAAUGGGCGCCCGAACACCCAUGGUCCUCUGCUCACGACCUGCUGUACGCCAAGCUUUGCUACUCGGUUCUGUUAUUCAAAAGCCCGCGCAAGUCAAACUACAUAAUCAGCAAGGGGAAGCAGUGGUUUGUUGACUGGGCGACCGGUCGCAUGAUUCGGGUCUUGCCACCAACAUACGGCGAGAUCGACUUCUUCGGCCCUUGGCAAGUCAUCCACACCGAGAACAGGAGGAUCUAA